AUGUCCGCAACACUUACAAUAACCCCGAGCGCUCAGCUCACCAACACCAUCAAGGCUGAGAGGUGUGAGGCCGUUGAGCGCCAUGGCUACCUUUUCGGCCAGAAGAUCACACAUUCCCUUUCUCCCUUCCUUCACGGCACAAUCUACAACGAGAUUGGCUUAAAAUGGGAACAAACACGGCUCGACUCGGCCGACAUCCCCAUGUUCCUCGAGCUGAUCAAAGACCCCAACUUUUACGACGUCGUCGGCGUGCGCGAGUCUUUCUACCAGAAACGUCGCAGACCCCGAUGCCGUCUUUCCAUAACCGUCCCGCCGUCGUCGUCGGCGGCGGUGGGCGCCGCCCGGUCCGCCGUCUAUGCUCUGCGCAAGUGGAUGAAGGUCACAGACAUUUACCUCGUCAACCGCGACGACGCCGAGGUGCAGGCCGUCAUCGAAGAGUGCACCACCCGCGGCUACGGCCAGGGCCUCCGUCACAUCAAGGACGCGGCCGAGGUCGCCUCGCUCGAGAGCGUCGGCGCCAUCGUCGCCUGUGUGCCUAACUUUACGCCCCAGACUGCCGAGGAGAAGGCGGCGCGGGCCGUCAUCGAGGCGUUCCUCGGCAAGGAGACCAAGGGCGCCAUGCUCGAGAUGUGCUACAACCCUACCCCCUUCACCGAGCUGGGCGCGCUGGCGGAGGACGCCGGGUGGCAGGUCAUCCUCGGCACCGAGGCCAUGAUCUGGCAGGGCCUCGAGCAGGACCGGUACUGGACUGGCCGUGAACUCGACCAGCUGCCGGUCAAGAAAGUGCAGGAAGCCAUCGCGUCAAGACUGGGGCAAGCGUCAAAGUUGUAA